AUGAGCGACAAGUUAGAAGUUCCCGAGCUGCCUCCUCUGGUGUUGAUACUGGGAGGCACCACGACCAUCGCUAGGACGUUAUCGCAAUACCUACUUCAACCAAGAUCACCCAAAGCAGCAUUUGUCCGUCUAGCAGAUAGGUUUUCCGUCUCUCCGCCAACCACAUAUCUCGAUAAAUCAUUCCUGUCCCUACUGAAUUCAGAUACCUCAAAAUUGGAAUACAAGCAGGUCAACUUACUAAAUAUUUCCAAACAUUCCGAGCUAUUUACUCCGCCCAAAGAAUUCAAGGGGACAAAGUUGUUAUCGAGGGGGAAAGGCGAUUUCGAAGGGUUUGAUAUCGUUUUUGAUCUAACGGGCGAAUUGGGUUUUGAUAGACCUGAAAUUCUACAGAUAUCCAACACCUAUCAGACCGCUCUAUCGCUUGCUACCAGCGCCUCCAAUUUACCGACCAAUCUCAAGCCCAACGCCUACGUCCGACUGACAUUCCCAUUCUACGAACAGAAAUCCCUCCCAUCGUCCUCUCCUGGCCAUUCAGAAUCUACCGAGCUGACGCCCGACGGUGUGAGAGGACGAUGGUGGGCUGAAACUUUGAGGGGUAUAGGAAAUCUCGACUUGAACUUUGGUGCGAUCCGAUGUGCGGCGUGGUAUGGUCGGGGGGCGUAUCUGGGAGAGAUCGUACCGAGAUUGGUAGUAGGACACGUUUAUCAAUACCUGAAAGAAGAGAUGAAGUUCUUAUACAACUCCGAUCUACGAGUGAACACUGUACAUUCUCUUGACGUCGCCCAGUCCCUAUAUCUCCUAUCAUUAUACCUACUAUCCAAACCUCGAUCUGAAAUAUUGAAAGAAUCAGCUAUCAACCUCCCCUUCACGUUUUCCACUUCCUCCUCAUCCGGAUUCUCACUUACAUCAUCCUCCAAACGAAUUUCCGUUUCAGAUUCAUGGAAAACCAUCCCAACCGUUAUACCCGAAUCGACCAAAAUUGCUAUACCCUUGUUUAACGUUGUUGACGAGAAUGAUUCCACCCAAGGUAGUUUGGCUAAGAUCGUAGCUGACACUUGGUCAAUCAAAUUUGGGUUUUUGAAUUCUGCCAUGGCCAGCUUGGUACAGCAGUUUGCGAAAAAUGAUUUUACAGAGAUGGUAGAGGAUGUUAAUGAAAUGCACGUCGAAGCUUGGUCCAAGAUGUUGGCUUCUUCCGAUCCACCCAUUGAAUCCAGUCCGAUCACUCCGUUUUUAGACGAACAUGCAUUCAGGAAAAUGUCAAUUUGUCUUGAUGGAUCGAAAGCCAAGAAAUUAUUAGGUUUCAAACCUAUCUAUCCUAGAGUGGAAGUGAGCGAAUUGAAAGAGAUAGUCAAAGAGUUUCAAGAAGAUAGAUUAUGGUGA